AUGGAGGUGGCCUGCACAAGCCUCACCGACGUCGUGCGCUCGGUGCAGCUGCUCAAGAUCAACGGCUACUCCAUGAUCAAGACCAUGGACGGCUACGAGGGAGGGAGCUGCAUCAAAUCCAGGUGGAACGUCUACGGGUACGAUUGGGAAGUCCAGUUCUACCCUGCAGGGCUGCUCAACCGUUUCCUCCGUCCGAGCAUAGCGUUGAAGCUUGUCUUUCUCGGCGAAGCCCGCACGGGCAACGUGAGGGCGAGUCUGGGCUGUCAGCUGGUAGAUCCGUCGGGGAAGCCCCCAUGGGGAGAAAUGAGAGAAGCAGGAACGUUCAAGCGUCCCCAUGAUUGCUCAUCACCAGUUUUGCUCGUCGAACCAGGUGCUCUACUAGUUUCUGGUUGUCUCAUAAAUGAUGCAUUCAACGUCAAAUGCACCAUCACCGUGCUCAAGGAAAUGCCGGGUUUGGCAAUGAUCCCAGUUAAAGAACUAGACGUUCCACCCUCGAACUUGCACCAGCACCUCGGUGAGCUCCUCGAAAGCGAGACCGGAGCAGAUGUUAUGUUUCUUGUCUCCGGUGAGUCUUUUGCUGCGCACAAGGCCAUACUCGCUGCAAGGUCCCCGGUGCUUAUGGCCGAGUUCUUCGGCCAAAUGAGAGAGAAUCGGUCUCGACACGUCGAGAUUAACGACAUGGAAGCGGAGGCUUUCAAGGUCAUGCUGCACUUCAUAUACACAGACACGGCGCCUGGACUUGCUGAUCAUCCAUCGGAGACGGUGAUGGUCAUGACUCAGCAUCUACUAGCAGCUGCUGACAGGUACGCGCUAGACAGGCUCAAGCUGAUUUGCGAGUACAAGCUGUCCGAUGGACUAGGUGUCAACACGGCAGCGACCACUCUGGCCUUUGCGGAGCGGCAUAGUUGUUCGCUUCUUAAGGCUAAAUGCUUGGAGUUCAUUGUUGGAACUUCCACGACUCUUGAUGCUGUUAUGGCGACUGAGGGGUAUAGGCACCUAGAGGCAAGCUGCCCUUUGGUGCUGCGGGAGCUCCUCAAAUCUGCCCGUGGGAGGAAGCGUAGCUAG